UCCUCCUCCUCUCCUUUAUUGCAGUUCAAUUUUGUGGGAAGAAUCCUUGGUCCCAGAGGACUAACAGCUAAACAGCUGGAGGCAGAAACAGGAUGCAAGAUAAUGGUCCGAGGAAAGGGCUCAAUGAGGGACAAAAAGAAGGUCUCCUUUAAGAGCAGAGGCAACCUUGAUCCAGCAGUUUUGGAGGUAGAGGAGGAACAAAACAGAGGCAAGCCCAACUGGGAACACCUGAAUGAAGAUUUACAUGUACUAAUCACUGUGGAAGAUGCUCAAAACAGAGCAGAAAUCAAAUUGAAGAGGGCUGUUGAAGAAGUGAAAAAAUUACUGGUACCUGCAGCAGAGGGGGAAGACAGCCUUAAAAAGAUGCAACUAAUGGAACUUGCAAUUCUGAAUGGCACCUACAGAGACGCCAACAUCAAAUCACCAGCCCUUGCCUUUUCUCUUGCAGCGACAGCCCAGGCUCCAAGGAUUAUUACUGGGCCUGCGCCUGUUCUCCCCCCAGCUGCCCUGCGUACUCCUACGCCAGCUGGCCCUACCAUAAUGCCUUUGAUCAGACAGAUACAGACCGCUGUCAUGCCAAACGGAACUCCUCAUCCAACUGCUGCAAUAGUUCCUCAAGGACCUGAAGCUGGUUUAAUUUACACACCCUAUGAGUAUCCCUAUACACUGGCACCAGCGACAUCAAUUCUUGAGUAUCCUAUUGAACCUAGUGGCGUAUUAGGUAUGGCUUUCCCAACGAAAGGCUAAGAAUUCAAGAACGGUCUUAACUGAACCCUCAUCAGAUCUGAAUUUAACAAAUGCUUAGUUUCAGCAGUCUUGAAAAAAAGUAGCCUAGCAGUCAGUGACUUACUUGCACUUUUUUUUGCACAUAGAUAUAAAAUAAAAUAGUGCUAUUAAUUUGGUUUAGUCUCUAUUAUUACAAAGUAGCUGUAAUUUAUGAGUGUAUAGUAGUAUACUGACUGCUAAGUGUUCUAUACUGUUUGCUUUACUAAUCACCUAAUUCAUUGCAGUUCAUACUUUAUUGACUUAAAGUUUAAAACCACAUCUGUAGGCAUGAAGAAUUGCUUUAAAACUUUUUUUAAUGGUAGAAACUGGAAGUGGUCUGAAGGGUAGCAAAUAAUUGUCAGUAUUAAAAAUGGCAUUAUUUAAAGUAGUGCUGCUGCAAAAAAGGCACUUCAGUGAAUAUGUGACUAGUAAAGCUUAAAUGUUCUUGGAUCUAAUAGAUUUCAUGAAAUACUGUAAUGUUGGGAUUGAAAAUGAGUGGAUUAAACAGGUUAAGGCCAGGAUGUUUGAAAUAAAUGCAAUAUUAAUCUGCACAGAUAUACUUCAUAUAUUAAAGUUAAGAUUUGAAACUACUGUGCCUUAACUUGUUGCUUUCUUAAAAUGAAUUUUGUAGUAAAUGAUCACUUAAAUCCAUUUUGCUAAACCUGCUGUUAAUGUUUGUCUUUGAAUGUUUUCUAACUUUGUCUUGGUAAUUGCAAUUUAACUAGGUGCGGUGGCUACUAAAGUUCGAAGGCACGAUAUGCGUGUCCAUCCUUACCAAAGGAUUGUGACCGCAGACCGAGCCGCCACCGGCAACUAACCUAUGACCUUCUGACCUCUGAACUCUUCACCCAAUGAUGACCUGACCAUGCCUGCCUGCUGAUCAGUUAACUGGUAAUCGCCUUUGCUUGCCUGUCUUCAGUGCAGCGAGCUGAGGCACUUGUCCGUUCGUCUUACCAUCUAACAAAAAAGACAAAGAAAUUAUUGUCCUCCAACUCAGCUUUUUUUUCCUGUUUGGGUGAAAGUGGUUCUAGAACCUGCACUGAAUAGUAGUAAAGCAAUAAGGUCCAAUUCAUCCCUCAGCACUGAUCAUCCUUUAGUGUCCCACCCUAAACGAACGGUAAGAAGGCCUCACUUAAGUGAUGGAGACAGAUGUCCCUUAACUACCCGAUGACAGAGGCAGUUACUGUGAGCGACUUCUAGGAAUCUUUUUCUUCUCAUAAUGAAGUCAAAGCUCUCUUUGAAUGUACUGUGUGAUGAUGCAUCAUGCAUGAACCUUUGGUCAGGGAUGUCAUUGGUGAAGGGAUUCCAAAAAGUAUUCAAAAUUUGACUUGCUGUUUAGUCACUACCAGUGCCCUCAAAGGGCAAAAGUUGCAGCCUUUUUUCUAUUGCCUGCCAAAUUGGAUGUUUUAAAAGAACGUGUGCCAUGAAAGAUAGAUUUCAGUGAAUUUUCAGAACUAUGUUAAUGCAAAGAACAAAACAGCAACACUAUGAAAGCAAAAUCUGAGUUAAGAUUACUUUAACCAUAUUUAAACUUUCUUAAAAGAUUACAUGAGAACAAGGUACAUGCAUUAUGUGUCACAUUACUGGGCAAACUGUUCAAAUAUUUUUUUUAAACCUCCCUGUAUAGAAAAAUUUCAUUAAGGAUGUAAAAGCCAUGCUUGCCUAUUUGCUGUAUACAUGUAAUGAAAUUGUAGAUAAAGUGUAGUGCAUUGAAACAAAAUGAACAAAAAAGUAGAUACUUUUACUAUACAAGGGUGCUGGUGCAGAAAAAAUAUAUUUUUGGAAAUGUAGCAUUUUAUACUUUCAAGUGUUAUAAAAAAAAGAAAAAAAGAACAAAGAAACAACCCUUUAUUUCAUUAAAUGAUUUUUUCUGGUGGUUGUCAAGAAACAAAAGACCAAAAGAGCCUUUUUGUCUUUCUUUUUAUUUUUUAAGUAUUGGAAUAAGUCUAAAGAAAAGGAAGUGCCUUAUUUUCUUCAUGGUCAUUUAGUCAAAUGUCUCAUAUAAUCAGCUCCUCCCUCAGACAACAAGUUAAUGCAUGCCACUUAGUCGCCCAGUAUGUGAAAAGAAGCUGGGAAAGGAAGACAAAUGAGUUGACAGUUUGAAAUAACUGAUUUUUGCCAUAGUAGCAUGAUGCAACUUUGCCAAAUCUUAUAAUGUGAAACGUUUGAUAAUUUUUCUAUCAAAUGCUGGCCCCCAUUAGUCUUGCAACAUUUUCACCAUCUCAAACCAUAGUUAACAUAUUUUGUUUCAUGUACUUGCUCAAUCUAAACCAAAGGGUUCUGACUCAUUCUAAAUCAGCAUUAGCUGACACAUGUUUAUAGGGCAGCAAGUGCUCCAUUUUGUUCAGGGGAUGGCGUGGAGUUGUCUUGAUUUGAAAUAUUGACAAGUAUAGCAGACCUUGUACUUGUCCACAGAAUAAAGUUUGGUGGAUAAUGAAAUUGAACAUGUUUAACUAAUUUUAAGUCUGACCUAAGCAUGUUCCAGUAUUUUGUAAGCAGCUCCCACAGUGUCAAAUAGUGUAUAAGAUAUUCAAUUCUCAUAAUAUUGAUUGUUGCUUUUUAUUCAAAAGAAAAGCAGGAAAGAUUCAUCGACUAACUAUUUAAAAAUUCAUCUAUAGUUCAGUAUUAUCUUUUAGCGCCACAUGAAAUUCAUGUAGCUAGACCAGCAUAAGAGCUGAGAAGCUUUUUUGAAUAGUGUUGAAUUCUGAAAAUAUUGAGCAAGUAUCAAUUUGCUAAUGGCUCAGUAUUAGACUUGGCAAAUAUCAGGUGAUGAUUUAUUUCCCCUCUUGUCAACUUAUUCUCCUCCUGCAAACCUUCAUAGCUUCCAAAUCAAAGGUCAAUAGUAAGCUAAGAAAGAGGGCUUACGGUUUAAGCACCUGUUUGGUGACCUCAUCUAGCAUCUUGUCUCACCUGGAAACAAUUAUCCGUUUAUUUACUAUGCAAUAGACAUUCAUCCUUUUGUAUUCAGCUAGCUUUUGUUUAUCGUGCCACCAGCUUUGUCUUCCUGUUACACAUACAGUUGUUUUGACUUAAUUUACAGUAUAUAUGCUGUGCCAUUUUGAUUUUUGUUUGUUUGGUUGAAUAAACCUGCGACACUCAAACAUUUGAGAAGAGAUUUGCUAAAACAAUACCAGUAUUUGAUCCAGAUUCAUCUCAACUAUGAUAAACCUGGACAUUUUUUGAUGUUUAUCAAAUGGGGGAAAGUUACGUGUAUGAAAUAGAAGUGUGACAUGUAAUAGUAAUGUUUGCUCUGAAUGAACAAACUUUUGAAAACAUAGUUGACAAAAUUUUGGAUCAACUUAAAAAAAAGCAUGACUUUUGAAAUCUCUGAAUGCCUUGGUUCUCAGUAUUAUAAUUCUUUAUUGAAUUUUUCUUUAUUAAAAUAUGUAGUUUUAAGACUUCUUUCUGACAGUAUUAUGUAAUUUUUUAGAGUGGGUAGAUGGGAGUGUCGCUUGUAUGUAACAGUACAGAUGACAUGUAUUUGUCUAUUCUUUAUUAUCUUAGUAGUUUCAUGCUGUGUAUGUAUCAUAACCAACCUAUUGCCUAUGAGAAACAUGUAAGAUAAUGUAUUUACAGCCAUUGUUACAAGUUUAUAAUGUAUUUUUCUAUCUUGUUUUAUAUGUAUGUUAUAUAAAACAUUCAAUUUUUUUCCUGAUUGAGAAAAAAAGGAUACAAAAAUGCAAAACCCACAAUUUUGAUAACUGAAAAUUGCCAAUUGUUUUGCAGUACUUUAUUAUAUUGGGAGUGUUGUCUUUCUUGGGCUUUUAGUUAGCUACUGGAUGAAUACAUUAGACAUAUUUGGGUUUUAGUUGGGUUUUUACAUAGCUUGCAUUUUAAUUCUUUGGUUCUUUGCUGUUUCUAUUAACCCAUAGCAUUAUUUUAAUAAAUGUUAUAAUACCAACCUA